CGAUACUUCUCAUCCCCCUCGCGACCCGCUCCAUGCCGCCCUCCCUUCCCCGGCCCGUCUUCCUCGAAGACCGCCUCCGAGCCGCCGCCGCCGACGCCGCUUUGCAGCUUCCUCCUCCUUCCUCGGCGGCGGAGAUCCUCCGCUCGUGGGCCGACCUCCGCCACCCCUCCACCGACCCUCCCCGCCUCCUCUCCGCCCUCCGCUCCCUCUCCACCUCCCGUGCCUCCCUCCGCAUCUCCGACUCCCAGGUCAAGCUCCUCCUCUCCCUCCUCUCCACCGAUGCUGCCUCCCCCCGUCUCUCCGCCGACUCACUCCCCCUCCUCUUCUCCCUCAUCUCUUCCUACAUCCGCACUUCCCCCCGCCCUUCCCCUCCAAUACUCCUCUCCGUCCUCUCCCUCUCCUCCUCUUUCCCCCCAAUCCCCCACUCUGUCCUCCUCCUCGGCGCUCUUGCCGCCUCCCCUGCUCUUCCCGACGCCUCCGUCUCUCCCUGCCUUGACCGCCUCUGCUCCCUCUUGGAUCCCACCCUGCCCGCCCUCCUCCACGAUGCGAACCUCCUCCCAGAGUUCCUCGCCGGCAUCGGUUACGGCAUUUCGCUACAGAUGA